AUGAAGGUUGUCGCUCUCAUAUCCGGCGGAAAGGACAGCUGCUAUAAUAUGAUGCAUUGUGUUGCGAAUGACCAUGAAAUCGUUGCUCUUGCGAAUCUGCAUCCUGCUCUAAAUGACCCAGAUGAGAUGGACAGCUGGAUGUAUCAGACCGUAGGACAUGACGUUGUACCCAUGUAUGCUGAAGCUAUGGGCUUGCCCAUGUUCAGGCAAGUUAUCCAUGGCACGAACGUUGCCACUGACUUGCACUAUACAAAGUCAGAAGGAGAUGAAACUGAAGAUCUGAUGCUUUUGCUUUCCAAGGUAAAAGAUGCGCAUCCAGAUGUCACUGCUGUCAGUGUCGGUGCGAUUGCAUCCAACUAUCAACGACUACGCGUUGAGCACGUUGCCUCUCGCCUUGGACUGACUGUGCUGGCAUAUAUGUGGGAGCAGAACCAGACCAAGCUACUUCAGUCAAUGUGUGACAGUGGGUUGGUGGCGAUCUUGAUCAAGGUCGCUGCAGUAGGACUCUCCUCCAAGCAUCUCGGCAAGACGUUGUCAGAGAUGCAACCAACUCUGAUGCGUCUGCAUUCUCUCUACGAAGUGCAUCCAUGUGGGGAAGGAGGUGAGUAUGAAACGAUCGUGCUCGACUGCCCGCUAUUUAUCAAGAGACUCGAGGUGGUGUCGUCAGCAGUUGUCGAGCUUGAUGCCGAUACUGCGCAUCUUCAGCUCAAAGUUGCGCUUCAGCCGAGCGAGUCCCAGCAUAUGAGGCAGUCUGUCUGGCUCGAAAGCCUUUAUCCUCAGCAAGGCCUUGACGAAGAAGGCAUAGAACUCCUCGACAAGCUACAAAGCAGUUCAUCUAAGGAGGCGGCGAUCCCAAUUGAUUCGCGCGUACAACAAUCUAUCGACAAUGAUAUGAAGACGUAUGGCCACAUACGCUCCAAGAGGAUUGCCAUCUACGAUGACAGUCCAUCACUAGCAGAACUGCUGCCCGGGCAGAAUGAUGAGGUACUGUUUUGCUUACUCAUUCUGCGAAACAUGGGCGAUUUUGCCACAAUCAAUACGCAGUACGCUCAGCUAUUCCAGCAUGUACAUCCACCAUCGCGAGUGUGUAUUGCUACCGGGUUCACAAAAGAUCCGAAGGCUAAAGCCUUGCUGUACACCUUGUCUAUUGACAAGACAGAUGUUGGCGAGGACGUACCAGCUCAACAAGACCGACGUUUGUGGGUUCAAUCUCGUUCGUACUGGGCUCCUUCUAAUAUUGGACCCUAUUCACAGCUUACUCAGAGCAGCGACAUUGCCUUCAUCAGCGGUCAGAUUGGAUUGAUACCAUCGUCCAUGGAGAUGCCAGACACAUUAGAGCAGGAAAUUUGCUGGAGCAUACACUCUCUGUAUCGAAUAAUGGUCAGUCAAAAGGUGGAAGACUGGUAUGGUGUUGUUGUUGGAUAUGUCCUUGACAUGUCCCGGGCGGGCAAAGUUACUCAAGCGUUCCAAUCACGCUUCAGAAGGGAAGACAUCCAACUAUUGAUCGUCGAGCUGCAACCUGGAAGCCAGAUGCCAAGAGGUGCAGAGAUUGAAUGGCAGACUCUUCUCUGCAAGAGACAGGGCGACGUGCGUCUACGACCGGGUCUCGCCCCGAAAAGUCAGAUGGCCAUGUCUUUUUCGACUGCAGACUUGGAGCAGAGUCAAGAUCUGUACUGGGACCUGCGGGUGUCGAGAAUAAUACUGGAUGCGCAAGCCAUACCUGCUGCCUCUGUCGUUUUUGGCACGCGAUAA